UGUGCGCAUGCGCAGUCGAUGAAGCGCCGCUCAGGAAUAAAUAAGGGCAGGGAAACCGAACCGCAAUGGGACAACUCUUAUCUCGGUCCAAUUCGGCCUAAAAAUACCCCAAAAUGGCUUUUAUUCUUGACGAGGUGUUGUUAGCGAGGUGUUAGGGGGCUUUGAAGAUCUGUUUGGCUACUGAAAGGGACUGAGAAAGUUUAGAAGGAAACGAACUUCAGGGACGUAACGUUCCAGAGACGGUCAUGGAGGAUUUCGGUUCGGCGCUGGAGAAGAACGUGGCGGAUCUGACCGUGAUGGACGUGUACGAUAUCGCCGCAGUGGUGGGUCAGGAGUUCGAGCGCAUUAUCGACCAGUACGGAUGCGAGGCUCUGUCCCGCCUCAUGCCCAAAGUGGUCCGGGUGCUGGAGAUCCUGGAGGUUCUGGUGAGCCGGAACAGCAUCAGCCCAGAGACCGAGGAGCUGCGCCUGGAGCUGGACCGACUCCGACUGGAGCGGAUGGACAGACUGGAGAAGGAGAAGAAACAUAAAAAGGAGCUGGAGUUGGUGGAGGAUGUGUGGAGAGGAGAAGCCCAGGAUCUGUUGUCCCAGAUCUCCCAGCUGCAGGAGGAAAACAAAACACUGCUCAACAACCUGUCCGUCAAAGAGUAUCCGAUGACGGAAGAGGACAUACAGAAACAGGAAGGCAUGACUGAGAGGGAGCGGCAGGUGAUGAAAAAGCUGAAGGAAGUUGUAGAUAAACAGCGAGACGAGAUCCGCGCCAAAGACCGCGAGCUGACGCUCAAAAACGAGGACGUUGAAGCGCUCCAGCAGCAGUUGAACCGGCUGAUGAAGAUCAACCAUGACCUGAGGCAUAAGAUCACGGUGGUGGAGGCCCAGGGUAAAUCCCUGAUCCAGCAGAAGGUGGAGCUGGAGGCGUCUGGUCAGGCAAGACAGCAGGAGCUCGGGAACCUGCGGCAGGAAGUGACCCGUCUUAAGGAGCGACUUAAAGAGCAAGGCAAGACCAGCGCUGAGACAGAGGAGCCUGUAGGACCACCCUCACCUGCAAAGUCGACUAAAGCGACCCCUUCCUGGGGUCAGGAUUUAGCUUCUGAGCUCCUCGCCGGGGGCCUGGAGAUCGAGGAGGGUCCCCUCCGUUUCACCCCCCACACAGGGGCCCCGGGAGCCCUGACAGAAGACAGUGAGGAGGAGGAGGAUGAUGAUGAAGAGGCUGUGUUUUUAAGGGAGGCGCUGUGUGAUGAUGACAUGUCCACUCUAGAUCCAAAAGACCCGAACCGCCCGCGAUUCACCCUGCAAGAGCUGCGGGACGUCCUGCAUGAGCGCAAUGAGCUGAAAGCUAAAGUCUUCAUGUUGCAGGAGGAAAUCGCCUAUUACAGAAGUGAAGAACAGGAGGAGGAAACAGGGCCGCCGCUGCCAGAUCUCUCUCCUACCCUUCGGCCAAGCUCUCGCUCCAACUUUCAGCCCGAGUCGGGGAUAAAACGACUGUUUAGCUUCUUUUCCCGGGACAAAACCCGAGGUUCGCAGAGGAGGAUGCCGCAGAUGGGAGACGGCUUGGGCUCGUGGGCAGUGAAAGAGGACGUGUACACAGAACAGGCCCAGGAGGCAUUACAACACAUGUAACCAACACACCGCUCCACUAACCGCUAACCUGCACCAUGUGACCGUACGCCACGUUUACGCUCCCUUUCAUGGUCAACCUUCACAGCACAACGUCUGCA